ACUAGACACCCAGUGACAUAGCAACACACUCAAUUCUAUAACUGAAAUGGUCAAGAAGAGCAAUAAGAAAACACCAAAGAAGAAGAAUAUAAAGAGCAGGUUUUUUAAAAGCUUUACCAAUUACAUUUAUCAAGCAAUGAUGAUAAGAUUAAGAAGUUAGAAGAUGUGAGAAGGAUAGCUGCUGUUAAUGCCAAGUUAUGGGAGACUAGAGUGGAAAUUGCGGAAAAAGUCAAAGACAAGAUCCAUUGGCUGAUGAUAAUGCCAGACUUAAUGAUGCUCUACGUCAAUCAGAAAAGGAAUCAAUGGAUGUGUUUUCUUACUUAAAAAAGCAAAAUGAAGAUAAAGACAAUGAGGUAUCGUAUUGUUUAUUGAAGUUUUAGUGUGCAGCUAAAAGAACUUAAAAGCAAAAUGGAAUCCAUGUCCAUUUCUCACGAAAGAGAUAAAGAGUUAAUUAUCAGGGAUGCAAAACAACAGAUUUUGUGCAUAAAUAGUGAAAAGGAAAAAAAGUGCGAUAAAAUUAAGGAGCUCGAACAGGAAAUAAUGCAGUUGGAUGAAUAUAAAAGUGAGAAAACACGAACUGAAAACGAAAUAAAACAGUUGCGCGAUGAAGUUCAAAAUCAAAAGUGUCUCAUUGAGAAUAUGGAGACAAAGUUUUUCGAAGAGAAGCUAAAAAUGAGGGAAAGUAGCAUAAAAGAUAUCAAAGCUCUGGCAGAAGAAGCACACAAGAUUUCUAUUAAAAAUUUAGACGAUUCCGUCAAGUUGUCAUUUGUUCAGAACGUCGCAAUGAGGAGAUUUAUAACAUUUUUAAGAAAACAGCUGGUGUCAGCUGAGGACUUAUCAAGAUCUUUGAAUGAAGAAAACAAAAAGCUUACUAUAGAGAAGGAAACCUUGGAAGGCAUUUUGUUGUCAAAGUCCUUGGAGUGCAAAAACUUGAAGGAACUUAUUCAAGAGAAAGAUGAAAAAAUUGAACUUUAUCAAUAUGAAAUUAAACAGUUAACUGAAGAUUUAAAUAAACAAAAAACUAUAUUCAGUGAACAAGUGACACUUCAAACAUUUGAAGCAUCUAAAUCAAUAGAGAGAUUAACUAAAACAUUAGAAUUAGAACGUAAACGAAUGAUACGUAUAUCUAGUUUAGCAAAUAGAAUUUUACAACAAAGAAAUGAAAUUGAAGAAUUCUUUAUUACAUCAUUAAAUUAUGUUCGUGAUGAGAUCAAAGUGAAUCAAAAUAAUUAUAUUCAUGAUGCCAAAUCUGCAUAUGAAGCCAGUAUACGAUUAGCACAUUUAGGUAAAUCAAAUUAUCCACCUAUUAGAACAUUUCAAAAUAAGAUAACUAGCACAAAUAAUGUAUAUGAUGAUUUUAAAAUUGCUCAAAAAAUUCCGAAAUCAACACAUUUAACAAUUCGUGAUUUAACAUGGGAACAAAAAGAACGUGUCCUUUCUAUUUUAUUUGAAAAAAUGAAUCAUUCCAAAAUGAAAUUUAAUCAUAAAACUAAUCAUAAUAAAUCACCAAUGAAUCAGUUAAAUGAUCAAUUUAAUAAAGAAUUAAUCAUACAAAUGAAUAAUUGUAACAAUGGAACUAAUCAACAGCUUGCAGUGAAUGAAAUUGAUUCCAAGUCAAUUCUAUUGACAAUCGAUAAUGAUGAUGAUGAUGAUGUUGAUGCUGCUGAUGAUGAACAUGAUCAAGGUAAAAUAAAAGAUCAAGUUAAUGAUAAUGAUAAAGUAAAAGAGAAUCAUCAAAAUCAAUCUAAAGAAUUAACAAAGAAACUUUAUGAAAAAGUAAUUCAAUUCAAAGAUCAUGAAAUUGAUGAAAUGAAUUCAAUUAAUCAAUCGGAUGUUAAAUGUACAUUAGGCAAUGAUUAUGAAACUAUUCAUCAAAGAAAUAUUGAUUCUACAAUGAAUUGUCAAAUAAAUCAAACUAAAGUACCAUAUCCAUCACCUCAAUAGAAUAAAAGAGAAUAUGUAUUGGUUAAUGAUAAUGUGAGAAAGUUAUCUUUAGUGAUUCAAAGAAAAGACAAUUCAAUAUUAUGUACUAUUUCGACAGAUUACAUUCAUACAAAUUGAUGUUCGUUUCUUUUUUCUUUUUUAUAGGAGUUUUGUCCUUUGAGCUGGAUGAUUUGGUUGUGGAGCUUUCAUCAUUCUGCUGAACGACAUCAUCAGCAUAAAUUUCAGGUAGAAGUAAAGUUUGUAAAUAGUGUGAUAAAAGAAGAAGGUUAAGCUUAUAUAUUAGGAGUUGGGCUAGUGUUGUGAGUUUGGUUUAUAACCCUAUACGGCUUUAAUCACCAACAUUCAACAAUUAUUGUAUAAUGAUGCUUUUCCAUCCAUCCUUUGCUUUACAAACUUAAAAACUCAGGAUUGAGAUAUAGAGUGAGGAGUUACAUUGAGAAGAUGUUGUUGCAAUUACGAAAGCAUCCUUGACUACACAUUAAAUUACAUUCAGUACUUCAAUAUAUGAUCUGCUUUAGGAACAGAUAUUUAUUUCUUUUGAUUUAACUUCAGCAUCAUGUGAAUGUUAAUUCACUGUUUGGUUGCAUCGUAGACAUUCUUUUUCGAUUUCAAGCAUUUUCGAAACCAAACAUUGUCAAUUUCCAUUUAGUUAAUAUACUAACAGCUUAUAAGCUAUUUAACAUUUG